AUGGAUAUAGUUGGAGGAGAGAUUACAGUUAAAAGUGACCAGAUUUUGAUGUUAGAUGGAAAAUAUAUGUUAACUUUUAAAGAAGUAUUUCAAAAGAAGAUUAAUAAUUUUAAGUUACACAUUAGUGGUUUGGUUAAAAAUUUCGUAAAUAAAAAGGAAAUGAAAAAAUAUAAUAUUGAAGGGAGUUGGAUUAUAAUUCAAUAUUUCAAUGUAGUUAGUAAUCCUACAGAUAAUAGUAUAGUCUUCAUAGGAUGUGAAGGCUGUGGUCUGAACGAAAAAAAGAAUUUAUUAAAUCAGAAUGUAUAUAAGAAAAGAUUCCGUUAUAAUAGGAUAGAAUUUAACGUUAUUAAACAAUAUAUUUUGAAAGAAAAAUUUAAUGAUAAUAUUAAUAUUGGAAAAAUAUUAUCGAUUCUUAAAAAGCAUGUAGGAGAAGAAGUAUAUGUUUAUGUUGAUGGUUCGAUUAUAGAUAGCGGUACAGAUGGAAUGGCGGGGAUUAAUUUUUAUGAUAGAAAUCAUUUAAUCAUCGAUGAACUUUCAGAAAUUUUUGCAUUCUUCAUCACAUUACUUAUUUUAAAUCAUGAUACAUUUUUUAAUGUGAGAAAGCUCUUAAAAGAAGAAAACAAUAUUUAUAUUUGGAUGUUAAUACAACAACUGAUUAUUAAGGAUAAGAUUAAUUUACCAACUUUAGUCAAAGUUAAAGUGCAUAGUGAUAACAAAUUCCAUAAUCUUUUGGAUAAACAAAUUAAAGAAAGAUAUUAA